AUGGCGAGAAUCCAGCGAUAUGGUUCAAGCAGGCCUACGAACCUGGGCUGUCGAGCACCAGUCGAGUGCCUCUUCAGCGACAGGGGGGCAGUGACCUGGGGUAGCAGCAUGUAUAGGCUAAAAAUCGCUUCUUCACCCUGCCAUUCCAAGAGCCCUACUGACGGGAUGAUACAUGCCUUCAGAUUGAAUCGAGCACCUUGCCGCAAUAAGGCUGCUAGCCUUGGGUCCUCGCAUACCCAGUGGUUGGAUCGUGGAGAUCUUGCUGGGACGGCAAGGUGCAAAGAUAGCGCAGACAGAGAGGGCAUCAAGCACUACGCAUGUCGGGAACGUGUGGGAUCUGGGCUGCACGCUUUCUCCUGA